CAUCAAAGAUUUUCCUUACAACCAACCAUGGCUGGAUUGCCAAUUGGCUCAAUUGUUUUGGUUGGUGGGGUGGCAUUGCUUGGCUUUGUCUUGUGGAAGAAAAGAAUAGCACAAGAAGAAGAUGAGGAGUUUGCCCUUGAUAUGUCCAUAGACAAUGCGUUUGAGGCAGGUACUGGGUUGAAGAAGUUUUCAUAUGGUGAAUUGUUUUGUGCAACAAAUAACUUCGCGGAGGAACCAAAGCUUGGAGAGGGAGGAUUUGAUGGGGUUUAUAGAGGGUUUUUGAGGGAAUCCAAUUCCUAUGUUGUUGUGAAGAGGAUAUCAAAGGGAUCAAAACAGGGAAGAAAGGAGUACACAUCAGAAGUGAAGAUCCUUAGUCGGUUGAGGCAUAGAAAUUUUCUACAACUAGUUGGUUGGUGUGAUAACAAAAGAGAACUCUUACUUAUUUAUGAGUUCAUGGAAAAUCGAAGCUUAGAUUACCAUCUCUUCAAAGAAAAAAGUUUGUUGACAUGGGCAAUAAGGCACAAAAUUGCUCAAGGUUUGGCCUCGGCAUUGCUUUAUCUCCAUGAAGAAAGGAAGCAAUGUGUGGCGUACAGGGAUGUCAAACCAAGCAAUGUCUUGUUGGAUUCAAAUUUCAAUGCUAAACUCGUGGAUUUCGGGUUAGCCAGACUUGUUGGCCAUGGAAAAGAGUUACAAACAAUAGUUUUGGCAGGGACUAUGGGUUACAUUGCACCGGAAUGCCUCAUGACAAGCAAAUGAAGUAAAGAAUUAGAUGUUUAUAGUUUUGGAGUUGCGUUAUUGGAAAUUGCUUGUGGAAGAAAACCCAU